AUGUGGGUGAGCUACUUUUGCCUCGCCUCGGGCCUGGGCCUGGGCUGCGGCAUCCAGCUGGGGCCCCUGCGCAGCUGGGCGCAGCUGUGGGAUGCGCAGGUGGCGCUGCGCGUGCUGCCCACGCUGGGUUCCUGCCUGGCCAUGAUGGCCACCAUGAGCCGCUUCAAGCACCCCCUGGCCCUGCCCUCUGUACUGCUGGCCAUCGUGGGCCUCUUCCAUCUGGUGCUGCUGGCGGCGGGCGUGUCGCUGGAGGAGGCGCAGCAGGCGGGCUGGGUGCUCAAGCCCGCGGCGUCCAUGGGCAGGUGGUGGGAGCUGUGGCGCAUGUUUGACGUCGGCCCCGGCCUCUCCUUCCAACACAUCCACUGGUCCGCCGCGGCGGAGCAGGUUGGCAAGCUGCUGGGCCUGUUCCUGCUGGUGUGCUUUGGCUCCUCCAUGGAUAUUGCCGCCAUCCAGCAGGACACGCCCUUCAGGCUGGACUUCAACAAGGAGCUGACCACCAUCGGCAUCUCCAACAUGGUGACGGGUGCGGUGGGGGCGGGCAUCACCGGCUCCUUCAUCUUCUCCCAGACCAUCUUCUCGGGGAGGGCGGGCGUGCAGAGCAGGCUGAACGGAGCAGUGAUUGCCCUGUGCGAGUUCACCAUGUUUGCCAUCCCGUUCUCGGUGGUGCAGUACCUGCCCUGCUUCUUCUUCGGCAGCCUGCUGGUGUGGUUUGGGGUGGAGAUCAUGCUGGACUGGAUGCUGCGGUCGUACCGCAAGCUGAGCCACACGGAGUAUGCGCUGCUGUGGGCCACAUUUGCCGCCAUCAUGCAGUGGGGCCUUGAGGCGGGCAUCGCGGCGGGGUGCAUCUGCUCCAUGUGUUAUUUUGUGUACGCAUACGCCAAGGCAAGGCAUGCUGCUGCUGCCGCCGCCACCAUGCCCGGCAUGCCAGCCCCUCCUGCUGUGCUGGGCCCUGCUGUGUUGCGUGCCUCGCAGCUGUCCAGCUUCAGCCUGGUGCAGGGGCAGAGCGGCAUCGUGCGGUCGGCGGACCAGGAGGCUGCGCUGGAGCUGCUGCGCCCCGCCCACCUGGCCACCGCCCAGCUGCGCGGCUUCCUCUUCUUCGGCAUAGCCAACGCCAUCAGCACGCGCCUGCACCGCGCCGCCAUGCAGCUGGAGGAGGCUGGGAGGGAGGGAGAGGGCGGCGGCGGCCUGGCGCGCGCCGCCAGCGCCGCGCCGCCCAGCAUCGCGGCCAGCCCAUGGCGGCCGCGCGGCGCGCACGCGCAGCAGCAGCAGCGGCCCGCCGACCGGCUGUACGGCGACAGCAGCAAGCACGGCGGGGCGGUGCGCGCCUCUCUGGCCGCCCCCAAGUUCUUCGUCCUCGACUUCUCUCGGGUCAAGGGGCUGGAUGCCACGGCGGCGCGCACGCUGGGCACGCUGUACCGCGACCUCGCCCAGCUGGACAUCACCCCCGUUGUCACCGGCGCCAACCACGGCGCCAUCCGCCAGCUGCUGGCCGCGCACGGCGUGCCGCUGCCGCCGGCGCCCACCCCCACCGCCCACGACGCCUCCCCCUUCCUGCUGCGCUCGGCGGCGGAGCUGCCGCCGGUGCUGCACUGCCACGAAUUUGGCGCCUAUGAGGAGGGCAUCCGGUUUGCGGAGCAGCAACUGCUGGCGGUGGCGGUGCGCUUCCACCUGUGCCGCCCGCCCAGCGAGCCCGUGACCCUGGAGCAGCUGCUGCGCACGCACGCCAGCCAAGCUGGGCUGCCGUUUGCUGCCAAGGAGGACAGCGGCGCCGCGGCGGCCGCCAUCCUGCGCUACUGCACCACCCUGCGCUUCCACCCCGGCGACAGGCUGUGGGAGGAGGGGCAGCCCGCCGACGCGUUUUACAUCAUCGAACAGGGCCGGGUCACGGUGGAGCAGCAGGUGGCGGCGGCGGGGUCGGGCGGUGCGGCGGCACCCGGCAGCACCGCCAGAGUGGGCUCUGAUGCCGGCGGAGCGGCGGCGGCGCCGCCGGGGCGCCAGCGGCGGCCGUCGGUGCGGGUGUUUGAGUUUGGGCCUGGCUGCAUUGCGGGUGUGGUGGACGUCUGGUUGCACCGCCCCCGCUCCUCCGCAGCCGUCGUCAGCAGCGCGGGCGGCGGCGGCGGCGCCGGCGCCUGCCGCGUGCUGCAGCUCAGCCGAGACGCGCUGGGGCUGAUGGUGACAGAGGCGCCCUCCGCGCUGCACGUCCUGCAGGCGGUGGUGCUGCGGGCCAAGUGCCUAGACCUGGGCAUGGCGGCUGAGCUGGCGGCAGCCCGGGUGUGA